ACCACCACCACCACCAUCAUCAUCACUGCUCACAGCCCCAUCACACCACAGCAUCUCCCUCAAACCCAAGCACGGCGCCCCUACCAGCAGGCCCAAAUCCAGUCAGUCUCACAAGGCGCUCUUUAAGCUCCGCUGUUGCCACACAGAGCAGCCAUUCAUCGGCUCUGCAGCCAGCCACACACACUCCCAUGCUGAACCACUGGACAUCUAAAUUGAUAUAGCUGCUGUUUCUGAAAAGGAGCCAACGGUGAAAAGGAUUUUUGGCACCUCUUGCGCAUCAUUAUGGCUUUUCUUGAGAAGCGUCAGCACUAAACUUUGGACACCAAAGAAAUUUAUUUGAACUAUUUUGAAGAUUUAUUCGAGUAUAGUUCGGACUGCCAAAUAAUAUCAUUUUGUAUAUUAGAGUGUUUUUUUUUUAUUGUCAGUUGGAGUAAUUAGAGAAAAAAAUUAAAAUGUCCGGUGAGGAGCACAGCCUGUCCGAGGCGGAGCUGAGUCCCGGUGGGUCAGACGACGGUCACUCGCUCUCGCCGGCUCAACCCGGGGCACCGCCCGGCCAGGACUCACCUCUGAGCGGGCCCCCGCAGCAGCUUACCGCGCUCUGCGUCGCGGACGGAACCGGCGAGGACGGAGGCAGAGCGAGGGCCAAAUCGGAAGAGGAGGACGAUCGCUUCCCCAUCGGGAUCAGAGAGGCGGUCAGCCAGGUGCUGGACGGAUAUGACUGGACGCUCGUGCCCAUGCCGGUGCGCGUAAACAACGGGAACAAGGCUAAGCCCCACGUGAAGAGGCCGAUGAACGCCUUCAUGGUGUGGGCCCAGGCCGCGAGAAGAAAACUGGCCGAUCAGUACCCCCACCUGCACAACGCGGAGCUCAGCAAGACCCUGGGCAAACUUUGGAGGCUGUUGAACGAGAACGACAAGCGGCCAUUCAUUGAGGAGGCAGAGAGGCUAAGGAAACAGCACAAGAAGGACUACCCGGAGUACAAGUACCAGCCCCGGAGGCGCAAAAACGGUAAACUGAUGCCUUCCAGUGAGUCCGACAGUCAAGGCGAGGGAGAGGCCAGCCACUCCCAAUCUCACUACAAGGCCCUUCACUUAGAUCACAAUGGCGGGGCUGGGUCUCCGCUGGGUGACCUGCACCACCACCAUCAUCAUCACCAUCCUGCAGGUCAGGGUCACAGCCCACCAACGCCCCCCACCACCCCAAAGACAGAGCUCCAGUCUGCAAAGUUGUCGGAUGCCAAGAGGGACGGGGCAGCGGGAGCGGCCGGAGGAUCAGGGGGGUCCCGAGGACCCCUGGGUGUGGGAGCUGAAGGGGCGUCCGGCGGUCCUUCGUCCUCCACGGCCAAACCCCACAUCGACUUUGGCACCAUGGACAUCGGAGACAUCAGCCACGAGGUGAUGUCCAACAUCGAGCCGUUCGACGUCAACGAGUUCGACCAGUACCUCCCUCCAAACGGUCACCCUCAGAGCGGAGCUGGGGCCCCCCCGGCCGGUUCCUCUGCCUCCUCUUACGCCUACGCCCUGGCAGCGGCCAGCGGGCACUCGGCCUGGCUCUCCAAACAGCAGCAGCAGCAGCCCCAGGCCUCCCCGUCCUCCUCCGAUCCCACCAAGGCUCAGAUCAAGAGCGAGUCCGCGUCUGCUAGCCACUACGCCGAGGCCUCGUCCUCUCCCUCGUCGGGCACCCACGUCACCUAUACCCCGCUCAGCCUUCCUCACUACGGCUCGGCUUUCCCCUCGCUGGCCUCUAGGGCUCAGUUCGAGUACGGAGAACACCAGGCCCCGGGGGCGUACUACGCCCACACCGGCCAAGCCCCGGGGCUGUACUCAGCCUUUUCAUACAUGGGCCCUACACAGAGGCCUCUGUACACUACCAUAGGAGACCCGUCCAGUGUGGCCCCUUCACACAGCCCCACACACUGGGAGCAGCCUGUUUACACCACACUCACGAGACCCUGAGGCAGAUCAGCUGAGCAAAGGGGGGAAAUAUGGGAAGUGUGUGUGUGUUUGCGCAUCUCUGUAUCUGUGUGUGUGUGCAAAUAUGAGAGCGUGUGAUCAUGUGUACUUGUGUUUGUAAGCAUGUAUGUGUGUGUGUGUGCGUGUGUGAUCGUGCCAUAUUAGAGGUUUUUACUUUUUUUAGCCAAUAUAAUGAAAGAUGCACCCACAGGACCUAACACAGUUAUAAAACAGCCACAAACUCACGCAGAAUAAAGUGAGUCGUAGGCCCAACAGCCAAUCAAAAACCUGAAAAGCCUAACAAACGUGUGCCAUCAUGAAUCUUUGAGUUGAGAACACAGCACAAGAGGUAGCUGAGUGAAAGAGACACUAAGAAGUGGACAAAUGAUGAACUGCUGACUGAUAACAUCCAGAGGUGAUGGGUUUGGACUGUCAUAAUCAGAUUCUAUUAACCAAACUAAAGGAUUAUUUGAUGUAUUUGUGUUAUUUUAUAUGAUUUAGUAAGUUUAUUGUCUUUGUUGAUAUGCUACGGGGGUAACUUUAUUGUGACUGACUUGAUAUUACACAUGUACAUCUGCACCACUGCAUUGGGAAAAAGUCAGUUUUCUUUCACUUCAGAUGUUACCAAGUGUUGUUUUCCAUGGCCAGAAAAGGAUAGCUGCAAAUUUGUCUUUCUCUGUAGAUAACACAACCUGUAUCUCUGUUCUUCCUUCAUUGAACUAAACAUGAAGCAUUUAAGGGGAAAAAAUAGGAAAAAGAGAGGGAAAGAGAGCUCUUAAAGAUGUAUUUUAACAUGUCAGUCAGUCAUGGACAUUUACCUCAACGCUAUUUUUUUUUAAUGAUAGUAAAGGAGAAGUGCAACCCCAGAUUCCUGAACAAUGAUGGUGGAUCUCAGCACAGAGUACCCCCCCAACCCCCCUUUUCUUCCCCUAACCUUAGUGAUACUUUUAGCUUUUUAAGGUGCCGAACAGUUUUCUGAUUUUCCUUUUAUUGACUUAAAAAUCCUUAAUUACAAAGUCCCAACCAAAUCACUUUAGAUAAUUGGUCAACUCCUGGUCCUUCUUUAGGAUUAGAAUCACAUGUGCAAACACUGUAGGUCACAACCGUGCCUUUAUCUUUAGUUUCCUCCAACAUGGCAUUCAAUGUGCCCCUCUCCGUCCGUACCAAUGUGAAUAACGGCCACCUCCAUCACAUGAGACAUGUUUUUCAUUUUAUAAUGACCCUUUUGCCAUAUGUUUGUUUUGAUGUAAGUAAUAAUUGUGUGUCCCACCUUUGCUUCUUCCAUUUUGUAUAAUUCUGGAUAGCUUUGUAAAGUGUUUGCCAUGCAUUCACUCGAGUAUUUUUGCUUCCUUACAAGAACAGCAAUGUUGAAAUAUUAUUGUUGUCAUCUAUUAAAUC